AUCGCGAAUCGCAUACCACUCGCACCCCGCUAGCAAUACCAGUAGUUCCACUUCCUACGCUUGCGCGCGGCCAGCGUGGUACCAUGGAGGAGGCAGCGGGGGCGCCGCUGCUGCAGCCGCGCGGCGAAGACGACGCGGGGAAGCGGUGGCCCGGCGCGAGGCAGGCAGCGGUGGAGUGGUGGGUGGAGUCGAAGAAGCUGUGGCACAUCGUGGGGCCGGCCAUCUUCCAGCGGAUCGCGAUGUACGGGAUCAAUGUCGUCUCGCAGGCCUUCAUCGGCCACAUCGGCGACCUCGAGCUCGCCGCUUUCUCCAUCGCCGCCAACGUCGUCGCCGGCUUCAACUUCGGAUUCAUGCUGGGCAUGGCGAGCGCGCUGGAGACGCUAUGCGGGCAGGCGUUCGGCGCCAAGAAGUACCACAUGCUGGGUGUGUACCUGCAGCGCUCGUGGGUCGUCCUCUUCAUCUUCGCAGCCGCGCUGACCCCGACCUACAUCUUCAUGGAGGACCUGCUGCUGCUGAUCGGGCAGUCUCCCGAGCUGUCGCGGCUCUCCGGCCUGAUGAGCGUCUGGCUGCUCCCGCAGCACUUCGCCAUGGCGAUGCUGCUCCCGCUCACACGGUUCCUGCAGAGCCAGCUCAAGAACUGGGUGACCGCGCUCACCGCGGGCGUCGCGCUCGCCAUCCACGUCGUCGUCACCUACGUGCUCGUGCAGCAUUUCCAGCUGGGCUUGGUCGGGGCAGUCGUCGCCGCCGACAUGUCGUGGUGGCUGGUCGUGCUCGGCCAGUUAUUCUACGUCCUCGGCGGUGGGUGCCCGCUGUCGUGGAAAGGCUUCUCGAUGGAGGCGUUCGCCGACUUCUGGGAGUUCAUCAAGCUCUCCUCGGGUUCCGGAGUGAUGCUCUGCUUGGAGAACUGGUACUACAGAGUGUUGGUCUUGCUGACAGGGUACCUGAAGAACGCGGAAAUCGCUGUGGAUGCAGUCUCCAUAUGUUUGACGAUCAAUGGAUGGGAGAUGAUGAUUCCGUUCGGCUUCUUGGCUGCAACUGGCGUGCGGGUGGCGAAUGAGCUCGGCGCGGGGAGCGGCAAAGGCGCGCGCUUCGCCAUCGUCGUGUCCAUCACGACCUCCGUGGUGAUCGGCCUCAUCUUCUGGUGCCUGAUCCUCUACUUCAACGACCUGAUCGCGCUCCUCUUCACGUCGAGCAAGGUCGUGCUCGACGCCGUCCACAACAUGUCCGUGCUGCUCGCCUUCACCGUCCUCCUCAACAGCGUGCAGCCUGUGCUCUCAGGGGUGGCCAUUGGUUCAGGAUGGCAGGCGUUGGUCGCUUACGUGAACGUCGGAACCUACUACUUGAUCGGAGUUCCCUUGGGCGCCAUACUCGGUUGGCCUCUGCACUUCGGAGUUGGGGGUAUCUGGGCGGGGAUGAUUGGAGGGACCGCUGUCCAGACGCUGAUACUGGCCUACCUCACUGUCAGAUGCGAUUGGGACGAAGAGGCCAAGAAAGUUCGUACAAGAAUGCAAGUAUGGGCCAGCUCAAAAUGAAGCUGCUCAGCUAUACUGGUGCGGUUUCCUAGACACAGGGAACAUUGGAGCUCAACUGAACGGUGAUCACUUCGGAUCCCCCCCAAAAAAAGAAUCAGAAUGAAAUGAGUACAACCAAACAACCCGGAAGAAACAACACGCACCAUGCAGCAUGCUAGUAUAUAUACGGCCAUGAGCUCCAAGCCUCUAACCACAGUUGGCGGCUGACGACCAGUUCCUGAAUACUCACCUAUCUGGAUUCAGGGCUCCCCAGAGAAUGGCAGUACCAUCAGAGGAGUCACAGAACGAUACUAUUUGCGAUUCUUUUGUUGCUAUGUAGUAUGCAUUUCGCAAUAAGGUUUCAACAUCCAAAUACUCGUUGCCAUUUAAGCAAAGUUUGCAGAA